UGGAGGAGGGGAUUGAAGCAGAGUUCAAAAACACGAGACAGAGAGAAAUGUAAGAAGAAAAAUUCUGAAAAAAGCCAAGAAGAACUUUGCAGAGAAAAAAUUUAAACCAGAAGUUUUGAGCAAAGAGGAAAAUAAUAAACGAAGGUGUGUCUGCUGCUAUAGAGCUUCUGUUUUGGAGUGGCUGGUGAGAAACAUACAUCAGAGAUGAAGGUGAAAGGUCAGACGUGGCGACAAAGUGUGAGAAUGUCACAAAGGUCUCUUCUUCUGCUUCUGGGAAUCAGUGUUUUCACAGCUCAAGGAUCAUGGCAAAAAUACAACACAGAGUCUGGUUCUCCUGUCCUUCACUCAGAUGACAACUAUGAGUGGACCACUUGGUUCAAUGUUGACCACCCUGGAGGCCGUGGAGACUACGAGCAGCUGGAGGCUAUUCGUUUUUAUUACCGUACCCGGGUGUGUGAGACCCCUAGAGCAAUCGAAGCUAGAACCACAGAUUGGAUCUCAGCUCGAGAUACUGGGGAAAAGAUUCAUGCAGAUCCGACUGUGGGUUUCUGGUGUCUCAAUGAGGAACAAGGUCCUGGGCGCAACUGCUCAAAUUAUGCAGUACGUUUCCUCUGCCUCAAAGAAAUAAGUAUGGCCAUUCAGGGAACCUGGGGUCCAUGGUCAAACUGGGGCCCAUGUCCUGCUCUAUGUGAUCAAGUGGGAAUGCAGCUUCGCUAUCGAAGCUGCACCUCUCAAAUGCUGACUUGCAGUGGGCCUAAAAUAGAAGAGAAACCAUGCAAUGGAGCAGAAUGCACAAAGGCUGACUGUUCCCUGCACUGUGUGAUGGGGAGAGUAAAUGCCGACUGUGAUGCCUGCAUGUGUGAAGAACACAUUCUUCUGGGUUCUGUACGGAGUGCUGGAGGUCUGAAUGCUGAAGGAGCCGCCAUCCUUCGAUCAGGAAAACUCCUUACUCUUACAGACCACAACGGUCACUUUCGCAUCCCUGGAAUCUGCCCCGACGGCAACACAACCAUGACGGUCAGCCUGCAAGGCCAUGCCUCUCUUGAUGUUGUUGUGCCCUUCAGCUCUGGGCGAACUUCAGUUCUCAGUGUGCAGCUGAAAAGAGUUGAAAAGCUUCAUAUUUUGAGGAACCCUGAGAGCAAGACCAGAAGGGAAGGUCAAAGUGCUGCCUUCUGCUGCAAAGUGGCAGGAACGCCACAGGCAGACAAGUACCAAUGGUUUCAUAACAACAAUCUUUUGGAAUUGCGAUCUGAGAGCACUUUGGUCCUGAAAGAUUUACGUCCUGAGCAGGCAGGGGAGUACUACUGCAGAGCAAGUGGGCCAUCAGGAGCUGUCAAAACCAAACUGGCCACUCUUACAAUCAUAGGUAGAGAUGUGCAUUCAUGCAACCCGAAGCCUGAAUCUCACCUCAUACGUCUUCCACACGACUGCUACCAAAACAGCACAAACUCUUUAUACUAUGACGUGGGCAAGUGCCCCUCAACUACCUGUCCUGGACAGUUGGACAAUGGCAUCAGGUGCAACGACAACGUGGCUUAUUGCUGUGGUGUGGCAAAGAUGGAGGAGAGGCAGCUACUGUGCCAGGGCUACCAACUGCCCACCAUGGUAGUGACGAAGUGUGGCUGUCAGAAGUGUGUGGACACCAAGGCAAUUGUGCACGGUAGGGCCACUGCUGCAGACAACGGGGAGCCAAUGAGGUUUGGUCACAUCUUCAGGAAUGGAGUCAGAAUCAGCCGCACUGGUUACAAAGGCACCUUCUCUAUUCAGGUUCCUCCAGACACUGAAAGGCUGGUGCUGACUUUUGUUGACAACAUGCAAAAAUUUGUCAACACCACUAAGUUAAUUUUAUUUAACACAAAGGGCGGAGCUGUUUAUCAUGAAGUCAAACUUCUUCGAAAAAAGACUCCUGUGACAAUCAACCCCUCUGAAACCAACACACUGGAGCUCGGGGAUGCAGAAGGCCAGGAAAAAAUGGUCCAGAUCCAGAUUCCUCCUAACUCCUUCUAUAAGGAGAACGGAGAAGUCUUCACUGGUAACGUGAAUGCAAGUGUAACAUUCCUAGACCCCAGAGAUGUCUCCACAGCUGCUGCUGCUCAAAGUGAUCUGAAUUUUGUAGGAGAUGAAGGUGAUCUCCUUCCAUUGAGAACCUACGGUAUGUUUUCAGUUGAUUUUAGAGGUGAGGAAUCCAAUGAGCCCCUUAAUGCUGGUGAGGUGAAAGUGUUCCUGGAUUCUACUCAGGUGAAGAUGUCAGAGCAUCUCAACAUCAUGAAGUUGUGGUCGCUAAAUCCUGAAACAGGUCUAUGGGAGGAGGAGGGAAGUAUGCAUCUGGAAAAGAAAAGAAGAGGCAAAAGGGAAGAAAGAACAUUCCUGAUUGGAAACAUGGAAAUCCGAGAGAGACGUCUGUUUAAUCUGGAUGUGCCGGAGAACCGCAGGUGUUAUGUGAAAGUGAGAGCCUUCAGAAGUGAACGCUUCAUGCCCAGCGAGCAAGUAGAGGGUGUUGUGGUGAGUCUCAUAAACAUGGAACCAACAGCUGGUUACUCCACAAAUCCACGUGCCUGGGGUCGAUUUGAUAGUGUUAUCACUGGCCCAAAUGGAGCCUGUCUUCCUGCCUUCUGUGAUGAACAAAAACCUGAUGCCUAUUCUGCAUAUGUGAUGGCCAAUCUUGGAGGGGAGGAACUGGAAGCAGUUUCAUCUUCUCCUAAACUCAACCCCGGCCUCACUGGAGUACCACAGCCAUACCUGAGAAAACUCAACUACAGGCGGUCUGACCACGAAGACCCCAGAGUAAAAAAGACUGCAUUCAGUAUUAAUAUGGCGAAACCAAGUCCCAACGUAGCUGAGGAAGCCAAUGGACCAGUGUAUGCAUUUGAGAACUUGAAGGAAUGCGAGGAGGCUCCAUUCAGUGCAGCACACUUCCGGUUUUCAAGAGUUGAAGGAGAUCGUUAUGAUUACAACACAGUACCAUUCAACGAAGAUGACCCAAUGAGCUGGACAGAGGACUAUUUAAGUUGGUGGCCCAAACCCAUGGAAUACAGAGCCUGCUACGUCAAGGUCAAAGUUAACAGCCCACAUGAGAUCAAUGUGCGGUCUCGCAACAUGGGUGGCACCCACCCAAAGACCGUAGGCCAGCUUUAUGGCCUUCGGGACACUCGCAGCAUUCGUGACAUGGACCAUGGAAAUGUCUCAGCUGUGUGCCUGGAGUUCAAGUGCAGUGGGAUGCUGUAUGAUCAGGACCGUGUAGAUCGUACUCUUGUGAAGGUGAUCCCUCAAGGAAGUUGUAAGAGAGACCAUGUAAACGCAAUGCUUCAGGAUUAUCUGGUCAACCACCUGCCUCUAGCCGUCAACAAUGACACCAAUGAGUUCACCAUGCUUGCACCUCUUGACCCUUUAGGUCACAACUAUGGAAUCUAUACUGAGACGGAACAGGAUCCCCGCACAGCAAAAGAAAUUGCACUUGGGCGCUGCUUUGAUGGCACGUCGGAUGGCACAUCUCGAGUCAUGAAAACUAAUGAGGGCGUGGCUCUAACGUUCACUUGCAGGGGCCGUGAGGUGACACGCCAAAGUGUAUUUCAAGCUGUUCAAAGUUCUCAAGGUCAAGUGGUCACAAGUGUUGUAAGAGGAGAGAGCAAGAAAACCAGACGCCGGCAAAGGGCCAACGCAUCCCGCAGCAGCCGUAAACGUAGCACCAGAAAUCCUUCGGUAGAGCAGAAUCAAGUGUGAAGCUAGAUGGCCACAGUUCAGGGCUUUACAACUGAACUAAUUACAUUUAUUAUUUGGAAAUAAUGGGAGCUGGGUUUUUUAUGCUUUAUCAAAGCAUUCAGUUAUGCAUUGAUUAGAAUGGUCCUAAUCACAUUAAAGGUUUGGAUAUGCAGGUUAUUGGCUUAGAAAGAACUGGUGAUUUAAAAUUACAGCAUUUGUUUAUUAGAAAUAAAAGUAGUUCUCAUUUUCUGCAAGUUCAACAGGAAAUGUACACUCAUAGCAGAAGUUAAUCAGAUUUUAAACCUUUUGUAAAGAGCACUUUUAACAUAGCCUAAAUAUUAAAGCUUUCAACAACAAAUUUUAUCCUUGUUUGCGUUUAAAAUGGUGAAGGUACAUUUGUGGCUCGUUAUCGAUAAGCACCCUGAUGUUCAGACAGCUUUGCUGCAUUUGACUGAGCUGAAAAUACCUGUAGAAGCCUAUGGUGUUUCUGUUUUCUGUCACUAAAUAAACAUCUGCAACCCAGUGGAACGUCAA